AGUGUGCACUCUCAAAUUGCAGAAACAAUCCACCAUUUAUUAAACAACACGUGUCCCAAUCCCAAUGGAUAAGUUUCCUAUAAAAUAUCAUUGAAACAGAACUUCGAUUCCAUUAUCUCACUCUAACCAAAUCCACUUUCUCUCCCAACAACCAUGGCCCACCGUUUCCUCAUCGCUCUCUUCCUCUUCGCCACCGUUGCAACCGCCGCAACAACCCUCUCCGACGACACAAACUCCGACGAUCUUCUCAUCCGACAAGUUGUCGACACCGCAGAAGAUCACAUACUAAACGCAGAGCAUCACUUCACAUCAUUCAAGUCAAAGUUCAGCAAAAACUACGCAACAAAAGAAGAACACGAUUACCGAUUUGGUGUGUUCAAAUCAAAUCUUAUCAAAGCGAAGCUUCACCAGAAGCUUGAUCCUUCUGCGCAACACGGAAUCACUAAAUUCUCUGAUUUAACGGCGUCUGAGUUCCGUCGUCAGUUUCUUGGACUUAACAAACGUCUCCGUUUGCCGGCUCACGCUCAGAAGGCUCCGAUUCUUCCUACUAACAAUCUUCCAGAGGAUUUCGAUUGGCGCGAGAAAGGUGCCGUCACUCCCGUCAAGGAUCAGGGUUCUUGCGGUUCGUGUUGGGCGUUUAGUACUACUGGAGCUUUGGAAGGAGCAAACUAUUUGGCGACUGGGAAGCUAACGAGUCUUAGUGAGCAACAGCUUGUGGACUGCGAUCAUGUGUGUGAUCCAGAGGAACGUGGAUCAUGUGACUCUGGCUGUAACGGUGGAUUGAUGAACAACGCCUUCGAAUACAUACUCCAGUCUGGGGGAGUAGUGUCAGAAAAGGACUAUGCUUACACCGGAAGAGAUGGAUCCUGCAAGUUUGACAAAAGCAAGGUUGUAGCUUCCGUAUCUAACUUCAGCGUCGUUUCUCUAGACGAAGACCAAAUUGCUGCAAAUCUAGUAAAGAAUGGCCCUCUUGCAGUUGCUAUUAAUGCAGCGUGGAUGCAGACAUAUAUGAGUGGUGUCUCAUGCCCAUACAUCUGUGCCAAAGCACGUUUGGAUCAUGGGGUUCUUCUAGUUGGUUUUGGCCAAGGUGGCUAUGCUCCCAUUCGAUUGAAGGAAAAACCUUACUGGAUCAUAAAGAAUUCAUGGGGCCAGAAUUGGGGUGAGGAAGGAUAUUACAAGAUCUGCAGAGGCCGAAAUGUAUGUGGAGUGGAUUCCAUGGUCUCCACUGUUGCUGCAGCUCAAUCUUGAUUCUGGUGGUUCUCAUCGCAUGUGACAAUAAGCUAGUUGAAUUUGUGUAAAUAUAUUAUCAUGAAGUUGCGAAUCUAUCUUCUGAUUUUGGCAAAACUAUUUCCGCAUAGUAUCAGGAAACUGCCACGAUCAUGUUAUUUAUGUAGUUAGGAAUUAUGUAUGCUUGUUAUUCCUGUGAUGUUUAUCUAUAGCCAUUGCAACAUGGCAGUUACAUGAAUUGGAAAAUAAUAAGUAUAAACUUUAUUAGUUUGUGGAGCAUAUGUGAAAUAUCAGAAUAUCAGUUUAGCAUGACUGGGAUAAGAGUGGUUCUUUCCACACUCAAUGUCAGUUCUUAUAAUCGUGUAUUGCCAUGAUGACUAUUAGGAUAAUACAAAAAUGUUUAUCUUC